GAAGUUUCCCGCGCAUCAGAGGUCGAUCCGUAGCUCUUUGGCACAGUUUCACUGACCUUGACCGAACACGACACCGCAGUUGGUCCGCAUUGCUCGCGGCGUACGGACGUGCCAAUCUUAUUUAUAUACGCACUGGAUUACGCGCCGACUUUAAAUCAAAAUGGCUCCCAUUGACUCAUCAAAGAAACCCAUCGUUUGGGUGUUGGGCGGCCCAGGAUCGGGCAAGGGCACCCAGUGUGAGAAGAUCAUAGCCAAGUAUGGCUUCACCCACCUGUCCACUGGUGACCUCCUCAGGGCUGAGGUGAAGAGUGGCUCCGAAAGGGCGAAGAGUCUCACUGCUAUUAUGGAACAAGGUGGCCUGGUCCCCAAUGAUGUUGUACUGGAACUGCUGAAGGAAGCCAUCAUCGCUCGUGCAGCUGACUCUAAGGGUUUCCUCGUCGACGGCUACCCUCGUGAGAAGUCACAGGGCAUUGCUUUCGAACAAGCCAUCGCACCUGUCUCCGUAAUCAUCUACUUCGAAGCGACAGCAGAGACUUUGACCAAGAGGCUGCUGGGGCGCGCCGCCAGCUCGGGCCGCGCUGAUGACAACGAGGAGACCAUCAAGCUGCGCCUCAAGACCUUCCUCGACAACAACCAGCAAGUGCUGGACCAGUACCCUGACAAGAUCAGCAGGAUAAACGCUGAAUCGUCGGUGGACGCCAUUUUUGAAGAGGUACAGAAGAUUCUAGACCCGAUUGUAGCGGCCCCUGCCAUCGACUCAUCAAAGAAACCCAUCGUCUGGGUGUUGGGUGGCCCAGGAUCAGGCAAGGGCACCCAGUGUGAGAAGAUCAUAGCCAAGUAUGGCUUCACCCACCUGUCCACUGGCGACCUCCUCAGGGCUGAGGUGAAGAGUGGUUCUGCUAGGGCCAAGACCCUUACAGCUAUCAUGGAAAAAGGUGGCCUGGUCCCCAAUGACGUGGUCCUGGAACUGCUGAAGGAAGCCAUGAUCGCUCGUGCAGCUGACUCUAAGGGUUUCCUGGUCGACGGCUACCCGCGGGAAAAGUCACAGGGCAUCGCCUUCGAACAAUCCAUCGCACCUGUCACCGUAAUCCUCUACUUCGAAGCAUCAGCAGAGACUUUGACCAAGAGGCUACUGGGGCGCGCCGCCAGCUCGGGCCGCGCUGAUGACAACGAGGAGACCAUCAAGCUGCGCCUCAAGACCUUCCUCGAUAACAACCAGCAAGUGCUGGACCAGUAUCCUCAAAAGCUUAAAAGGAUAAACGCCGAAUUGUCUGUCGACGCUAUUUUCGCAGAAGUACAGAAGAUUCUAGACCCGAUCGUAGCGGCAGCGAAGUGAAUUCACAACUCAACA